UUCCACCUUAUUAUACCACCUUGAGUUUUGAUCUGUUUUGACUGUUUUGACAGACAGCAGUAAACAAACUUUUUCGCUAACCCUCAUACACGUUAAAAAUGUCCUCCGUUCAUACGCCUUCCCUUGCGCUUAGUAAAUACCGAGAUCAGCAUUUUAAAGGGUCACGCCAUGAACAGGAGCGGUUGCUCAGAGUCACCUCCACCUUGUAUAUUGGUAAUCUGAGCUAUUACACUACCGAGGAGCAGAUACACGAACUGUUCUCGCGUUGUGGCGAUGUUCGGCGUAUCGUCAUGGGCUUGGAUAAAUUUAAGAAAACGCCGUGUGGUUUUUGCUUCGUGGAGUACUAUACCAGAUUAGAUUCAGAGAAUGCAAUGAGAUAUAUCAAUGGCACCAGGCUAGACGAUAGAAUUGUCCGUGUUGAUUGGGAUGCGGGAUUUGUAGAGGGAAGACAAUACGGUCGAGGAAAAACUGGCGGACAGGUGCGAGACGAGUAUCGCCAGGAUCACGAUCUUGGACGUGGCGGUUACGGUAAAAUGGUUCAAUUGGGACAGCUAGGACCACCCAAUAUGCGAGAGAGUUAGUUAUGAUGGAUUGCGAAUAUUAAAAACGAACACUAGGAUUAGACUUAUGUAUAUCGAUUUCAAUGAAAUAAACAGUUUUCCAAUUA